CGGGCUUUUCCUUUUCUUCUCGUAAUAUAUAUUGAGACGCCCUUCUCAAGCCUACUCUUCUCUGAUCUAUUAAACCCCUCUGAGAGAUUGGGUGUCAUAGAAGCGAUAUCAAGGUCAAUCAAUGCCAUCUCCUCGCCGACCACCCGCGAAUCUCAGUCUAAGUAUAACAAACCCACUUGUCCUGUACCGCGCGCUGGUCGCGACCAAGAAAAUCAAACCCGACCCAGCACAGCAUAGACUGGCAUUACAGUUACAAAAGCUCUACUUCCGACUCAAAGACUACUCUCCCGAAGUUGAGUAUCGAUAUCGCCUUGAGAAGAUCGGCCGGAGCGUUGGUCGGCGGAAUUCGACUUCACCUUCAACUUCACCUUCUUCCACUGCUACUAGCAGCUUGCGAAAGAACGCAGAGCAGGACCAAAACCAAGACCAUGGCUCCCAGCAGAGGUCUGCGCGGUCCUCAGAACACCGCACGUCUCCGUCUCCGUCUCCGUCUUCGUCAAGGUCGAGAGGAAGUGUCUUGUCCACGCUCCUGUCCUCCACCCGUUUUGACACGUCCACGCUCGCCCUGACGACAACGACACCGCUGCACACCUCGGCUCUGCAAAUCGACUCGCCGCUCGGCCUCCUGCUCUACGGCGAAGUCGGCCGGGGCAAGUCCAUGCUCCUCGACCUCCUUUACACAUCGCUCCCGUCGCGCAAGAAGUGCCGCUGGCACUUUAAUACCUUCAUGCUCGACCUCUACCGGCGCAUUGAACUUGCCCGUCUGGAACGCUCUGCACGGGAGUCGAGUGGGCAACGUCACUACGACACAAGACCUGGUAGUACUAGUACUGGUUGGUCAUUAUUCGGCCGCAGCCAACAACAACAAACGAUUUACGAUCACGAGCAUGUGAUAUUGUCGUUGGCGAGGGACACCAUCUGUGACAGUCCGAUAUUAUUCCUGGAUGAAUUCCAGAUGCCGGACCGGACGGCGAGUAAGCUUGUCGGAUCUUUUCUCACGAGCUUCUUCCACUUGGGCGGGGUGUUGGUGGCAAGUAGUAAUCGGAUGCCCGAGGAACUUAGUAAGGCGGCGGGGAUCGAGUUUGGCGGGUUGCAGAGGUCACGAGGUGGUGGAGGUGGGAUUUGGGGGCUUGGAUGGGGACUGGGCAGGGAGAGUGAAGGCGAGAGGAGCGCGAAGACGGAUUUUGGCUUGUUUCUGGAGGUGUUGAGGGCGAGGUGUGAGGUCUGGGAGAUGGAGGGGGAAAAGGACUGGAGGAGAGAAGGGGAUGAUGAGCUUGUCAGUGUGGAUGCGGAUGAAGAUGGGGUCGAAGGACUCGUAGGCGAAACUGCGGCGACGACUGGUGUGGACGGGGAUGGAGGGUCACUUACGACGGGCUCGACAUUGGCGGUAGCAGGUGACGCUGCACUGUCGGCAGAUGCACCACCACAUUACCACGUCGCGAUCCCCUCGACUCCCUCGUCGUCAUUCGAGACUGACCUACGCACGCUGAACCCGAGUGACGAGUGGACGCCCACAACACUCACUAUUUACGCAAGGCAAUUGAACCUGCCGAGCACUUACAACGGGAUUCUCAAAUCGACAUUCUCCGCCCUGUGCACCACAUACCUGGGCCCAGCAGACUAUGUAUCUCUAUGCUCGACGUUCCACACGCUCAUUCUGACAGACGUGCCAGUCCUGACACUGACCCAGAAGAACGAAGCGAGACGAUUCAUCACGCUUCUCGACGCCUUGUACGAGGCUCGGUGUCGGCUACUUAUCGAGGCCGCUGCACCGCCUGAUAAACUGUUCUUCCCGGAAACCAGGGGCGCGAGAAGAGCCGGAACUGUCGAGGCUGAGCAGAGCGAUAGCAUAACGUCCGAAGCGUUCUCGGAGAUCUACCAGGACUCGACGGCGCCGUUUCGGCCGAACGUGUCGGUGUACACGGAGGGAAACGUAAGAGUCUUUGAACCAGAGUCAGAGCCAAGUUUUACGGCGAGCCUGCAUGAUCCGUCCAGGCGGAGCGUGUUGGCAGAUGAAGAUGCGGAUUUCGGACCGACCUACGGAAAUGGUCGCGGCAGGGGCAUCUCGAGGGCGAGUAGUGUCGGAGAAGCUGUGCAAAGACAUGAAGUGGGCGAGGGGCCUGAUUUUACUUCGACGAGUGCCUUGACUGGGGAGGAUGAACGGUUUGCGUAUAAGAGAGCAAGGAGUCGGCUUUGGGAAAUGUGCGGACGAAGGUGGUGGGAUGAGAGAGUGCCUGUCGCGAACGUGGACGUGAUGCACGAUGACAUGGGCUGGUGGAGGCCCAUCGGGAAAGAAGGGCGGACGUGGGAAAGAUUCGUGGACGAGGCGGAAAGACUCGCCAGGGAAGAAGGAGAAGAACAAGCAGCGGAGAGUAAUUUAUUCUCAAAGACGACGAGAGCAGCAGACGGGAGCGAUCCAAAGACGGAUUCGUUGUUUAGACAUGGUGCGUCGCCGUUUCGGAACUCGGCUUCGCCUCCACCUAAGUUUGGCUGGCAACAUGCUUGGGGAAUGAUGAGAUGGGGAAGGAAGGCUGGUGACUGGGGCAAAGGGGUCGAUGCAUUCACGGAUAAGCGCAAUGAGCCCAAAAAUGAGUCCAGCAAGGAGAGGAAGUGGAAGAAGUAACGAGUAUCGUUGCAAAUGUGGGUCAGACCGAAGUGGCCACCAGUGCAUUUAGAUGUUAUGAACUA